AUGGAUUCUCUUUCCAGCCCCAGCUUGCUCAGUGUCAUCGCUGGAGUCGCCUGCGGCGUGUGCCUGGGCUGGGGCAUUCGCGGGAGGCUCCUAAGGCAGCCCAAAGCCGGAGUGACUGCGCCUGCAAACUGUCUGGGGAGCGAAGCUGACAGCAUGGGAGAGUCUGGGGAGUUCAAGCUGGUGCUGGUCGUCCGCAAUGAUUUGAAGAUGGGAAAGGGUAAAGUAGCAGCACAGUGUUCCCAUGCUGCUGUUUCUGCCUACAAGCAAGUUCAAAGAAGAAAUCCUGAGCUCCUGAAACAGUGGGAGUACUGCGGCCAACCUAAAGUGGUCCUCAAAGCUCCUGAUGAAGAGACUCUGCACCAACUCCUGGCUGAUGCUAAACAGCUCGGCCUGACUGUGAGCUUAAUACAAGACGCAGGUCGUACUCAGAUAGCGCCUGGCUCCCAGACAGUCCUUGGGAUUGGGCCCGGACCAGCUGAUGUAAUAGAUCAAGUUUCUGGUCACUUAAAACUCUACUGA